AUGGAGAAGGAAGUUGAUAAGAAGUUCACUUGGGUGAUAAAGGAUUUCUCUUCUUUGUAUAUCAGUGCAUAUCCUAAAGGAUACAAGGUUGAUAACUUUCUGUCAUUGUAUCUUGAAGUUCCCGAUUAUGGAUCAUUGCCAUCUGGAUGGAGAAGACACGCACGAUAUCGCCUCAUUGUUGUAAAUCAGCGUUCUGAGAAACUCUCCCGGCAACUUGGUAAUAUUUCCUCGUACUGUCUAACAGCUGGGGGCUUUCCAUCCGUGCUUUCCCUUGAUGAAAUUAAUUCCAAAGAUGGCGGGUUUCUUGCAAACGGGGAGCUCAAAAUUGCUAUCGAGAUAGAUCUUCUUGACAUUAUUGGCAAAGUAGAGGUUAAUGGGUUUCAUCUUCUUUCUUCACAGGUGGAAUACGCGAGCCGUAUGUUUGAAAAACACCCAGAUACUGCUCUUGAAAUCCAUCUAAAGAACCCAAAUCUUAGGACAGGUUACAUGAAUUUGCUACUCAGCCUGAUUGAUACUUUGCGUCAGUCUCCUCACGAGCUCCCCAAGGAUGAUCUGGACGAGGCGCAUUAUGUACUGGAAUCCUUGAUUGAUGCUGGUUUUAAGUUGGAUUGGUUGGAGAAGAAAAUUUCUCAAGUUUCAAAAAUGAAGGAGAAAGCGAAAGAUGGUGAGUUUCGUAGGCAAGAGAUUGAGGAAGAGUUGAAAGAUUUGAAGCAGAAGAGCUCGGAUGUGGAAGCUCAGCUGGAGAAGGAGAAGUCAGAGGCAUUGGCUGCUAAAACUCCUAUCUCAUUCGAUGAUAUUAUCGAAUGA